CAGAACCGAUCGUCCAAACCCCAGUUUAUACAGACAAUCGAUUCUCCAAACAGCUCAAACAACCAAUUUAUCUCAAAAUCUAGCUUCUCAGAAAAGCGAGGUAUAAAAAAGCGGAAUCAAACAACACCUCUCUAUAUAUGAACCCCACGAGAUGCCCCUCCAGCUCCCAGCCAGUCUGCUCCCAGCGUUCCUCGUGCUUGCUCCUCUUCUCACACCACAGGCGGCCACCGGCUGCUAGUCCUUUGCUGAACCCAGUCGUCCCACCCAGAGAAACGCCGCCGCCGCAGGAGAUAGCUAGAUGGGCAUCGUCGACGUCGUGUCCGAGUUCUGCACCCUGCCGCGGGGCCGCCGCCACCUGAAGCACCGGAAGCAGUUCCAGACGGUGGAGAUGAAGGUGCUGAUCGAUUGCGACGGGUGCGAGCGCAAGGUGCGGCGCGCGCUGGAGGGCAUGGAGGGCGUCACGGCCGUGGAGGUGUCCGCGCGGGAGCACAGGGUGGCCGUGACGGGGCACGUCGACGCCGGCAAGGUCAUGCGGCGGGUGGCGUACAAGACCGGCAAGCGGGUGGAGCCGUGGCCGUACGUGCCGUACGCCGCGGUGGCGCACCCCUACGCCCCGGGCGCCUACGACCGCCGCGCGCCGCCCGGGUACGUCCGCGCCGCCGCCGUCGCCGACCCGCGCGCCGCGCCGCUCGCCAGGGCCUCGUCGACGGAGGCCAGGUACGCCGCCGCGUUCAGCGACGAGAACCCCAACGCGUGCGCCGUCAUGUAAUAAUGUAGCUCGCUGGCUGGAAGUGGCAGGCAUGAUGCAUGCAUCAUCUUUCUUUGGUACCUAGCUAUAGCCUAUAGAUCUGCUGCCUCCUCUCUCAUGGAGAUUAGAGGUGGUUGUUGGCUGUUGCAUGCUAUACUUGUUGGAUUUUGUUUAUUUUUUCCCCUUUCUUUCUUUCUUUCUUUCUUUCUUUCUUUCUUCUUCUCCACCGUACCAGGGCUUGAGGGCCAGGUUAGUUUGAUUUUCAUGUAAAAGAAGAAAUGAUUUGCAAAUUAAUCUGCUGAAAUCAUCGGGUCA